CACAUAUCCUAGCGCACACAGAGUCCUAUCAACUUGACAACGAGACAGCUCUAUAUGCGCUCCUUCGGUGAAUAAGUCAGAUUCUUUGCUGCAGUGUCUGUGCUUGUGUGUGCAAUUUGAAUUGUGAUCUUCCAAAUUGGAAAGGAAAGUGAAGAUCAGAUGAAGGCCUGAGUCACUAUAAAUGAUCGCAUCAGUAGUUCUUGUACCUGCGCAAGUACCAACGAUCAUGACAAUGCUCGGUCUUCCCUCCUAGGUCGAAAUGAUGUUCAUCUGUAAUUAAGUUUGCAUAUUAUUGGGCGACUUCGCCACGGAAAAAUCUUCCACCUCCUGGAUCCUGCGCUAUUCGGCUCGGAUGAGGGGUGUUUAGUCGGUAGAAAAGUAUAGUUUUGAAGUUCUUUCGCUGAUGUGUAGUUUGGUUUGUCGCGAUAUAAUUUUUGCUCUGUUCUUGCAAUAACAAAUGCUACAGUGACUGCGACAAAGUGAAAGCUUGAGGACCUUGAGGACGGACUAGUUUUUAUUGCUCCACUUCAUGUCGAUCACGACCGGGACUGGCCACGUUGUCGCGUUAAUGUGAUCACUCUAUUUCGCUUUCGUUCCUUUUAUUCUUUUCAUCUUCGACACUUACUUUUGGCUUUCCACUUCAACAUCGACAUUAUGUAAAAUAAAAUGCGGUAGAAUUAUAAAUCGAGAACCAAAACGAGAACCACGACGAGCCAUGGAGUCUUAUUGCCUCCGCGUCACCGGAGAUGAGGAGUACCCGGAAGCGGGAACCAGCGACACAGAGGUCGAGGUCUGGUGGACACGACGGCCAGACAUGUUCAACGAUGCUGUACUGCAGCGACCACCUAAAAAACGAGCAUCAGUGGAACGACGCAGCGUUGUAGUAUUACGCGGGGCCAGUGAAGACAUCAAGGGCCGCGUAUGCGGCUGGCCGGUUGAAGGGACACCUGAAAAUAAAGGAUGUUGCGUCGUCGAAAGGGAGGACGACCCAGAGGACCAUUAUUCUGACACGGCCUCGAGCUGCAGCCACCUUACCAGCGAUGAGGAUUCUGACGAUAGUACGGACGAAAGGAGAGGAGAUGGUCGUUGUACGGUUGAGACCACAUCAAGGGCUACUCCUUGUAAUUUAGCAUCGAGGAAACUGGCUUUGAGAAUCAGAAAAUCCGCGACUUUUUUCCGGCAAUUGAACGCGAUGGAUUUUCUCGAUCGGCUGAAGCAUUACCCGCACAGAAAAAUGCUGUUAUACUACGCCGCCAAUCGGAUUUGGCCCAGUGCACUCGCGUUGGUAGACUGCUGUGUCUUGCUUGGGACGACGAAAGAGGAACUGCUGGUGUCGCGGCAUGGAAGUUGCAAUGCCGUUGACGAGCAGAGUCCAGAAAAACUAUCAAAUCCGGCUACUUCGGAUGAAGAAUAUGGUUCGACGGUUCAUCUCCUCGAGCUCGGCUGCGGGCUUGGGGUAACCGGAAUGCUGAUGCACAAACUAGGCUGGUUCGAAAAAACGGUGCUAACGGAUCUGGAGGAGGUUGUGGCGGAGGUGGAAGCCAAUAUUGCUCGAAAUUUCGCAUCUCAACAUAAUUGCGGCACAGGCACUACUAGCAGGACAAGCAGCAUUACAGCCUGCCCAUUUGAUUGGACAGAUGACAAGGCUUUGGAAAGAGUGUUCGAAACGCUCCUGCAAACUGGAGAGGACAGCGGGGAUAAAAAAGAACCGUCGAAAGAGCAAGUAGAACAAGAACGCUUCGGAGGUCUUCCAAAGAGACGAAGCCGUGAUCUUUUCAUCGCUUGCGCGGACUGCAUCCACAAACCGCUGUAUGGUGCGGACUGCGUCGAUUUUCUCUACACCGCUCUGUCUCGGGUUUUCCAACACACGAAGGAGAAAAGCGAUUUUCGAAGAGUGACCGCUCUGGUUGCGUGUGAGCACAGAAGUCCCGACGACGGCGUGGCGGAGUUUAUGGAGAGAGUGAAGCAGCUUCCCGGUCGUGUAAUACGAAAAACGGACGAGGAGCAAACAGGAUCUAGUACUGUCGACCCGCCAUGGACUUCCGCUACCACGAUUGACUACGAGAAUUUGGUGAACACGAUUGACAACGAGGAGCAUAAUCGAUUGAAGCCUCUUUUCUGCGAAGCGGGAAAUGACGACAGUGAGGAUCAUCAUUCCAGUUGUUCCUACAACACCUUUCAGCAGUGCUCCACCGGCUCGGUUGAGGUUGUGAAGCUCGUUUGGGAAAGACCAGCACAAUAGAAAAUUUCACACGUGGUCGAACAAUUCAGCGACCGCCUUCGCCUUCCGAUGAUUUCGUGAUGUAGUAACGACCACGACAUGAAAUGAUAAAAGUAAAUCGAAAUCGUCUGAUCAUCUUGAUCUUCAGAGAGAAAUACAAAAUGAAGGAAAAACACCUGCUCUGUGAAGAU